AUGAAACAAAUAAAACCACAAAAUAGUACUGCUGAUGGUGACAAGAAAAAGAAAGUAGCAGUUGCUUUGCAACUUUUAUCAAGAAAUUCUAUGGCUCGUUUUAAAGAUCUUUCUACUCAACUUAUUUAUGAAUUUUUUGAAUAUCUCAAUUAUAUUAAUAACCGGUUUCAAAAACUUCUUAAACAUUCAACUCUUCCAAUCAAAGUAAAACUUUUAUUCUCAUCAAAAUCAACUUUUGAACGUUAUUAUACACAUAUUGUCAUAUUUAAUCAACACUUAACUAAAUCGCUUUAUUUAUCAAAUCCACUUAUCAUUGAUUGUAUUUUUUAUCGAUUUCUAUGGAAUUAA